AUGAUGAUUUUUUCUAUUGUUGAGCCAUAUCGACCACCUCUACCUUUUCCAUCCCACGCCAAUGAAAAUUUGGUGAAGGAAGAAAACAUGAAGUUCCUUAGGCAUGAUGAAUUUGAUCACAUGAAGGAAGAAGAGUGGGAUGAAUGGGAGGAGCCUUUACCUGAAGAGCAAUUGGAAAAAGAAGUGAAUUAUUCGAAACCUCGACUUUCAACGCCUAUGAUUUUUGAGGUGUUUGCUUUAACAAGACAACCAAAUCCAGUAAUAGAGCUGAUUGAAGAAAAAGAAGAAGAAUAUGAUGAGCCUCAUUUUGACAAGAAAAACCCAAAAAGAGACAAGACAAAAGCUAAUACAUGGGAAUGA